GCUAUUAACAGUUUCAUCAAUCCCUCAUAGCCAGUCAGUACGCACGCAGCUCUCUAGCAUGAGCAUCAUUCAAUCGCGUCUUCGGCCAGUCUCUCACAUGAGAGUAUCCAUAUACGUUGACAUCUUCUAAGCUUUUUUUUAACAUCGAAUCGAACAUAAACUUUUCUCGUGAUUACCUAUCGAAAAUUGAAUCUCUUUAAAGAAAAACAAUGAUCUAGUUUUCUGGUAGGUGGUUGUGUAGUGUUAUACCAGUGAAUACCCAGUAGAAGCGUUGAACAAUAACGAUGGAAAUAAACUGGUGGCCAAUAAUCGCGGCGGUGGUCGCCGUAAUCGCGGUAGCUUAUUACAGAGUCACUCGGACCUACGAUUUCUUUGAGAAACGUGGGAUUCCUUACUACAGUUACAUCCCGCUAUUAGGAAGCAUUUGGGAGGCCAUACUUCAACGAAUUUCAUUCGCCGAGAUGGUUGAAAAAAUGUACCAGUCGUUUCCCGAUUCGAAGUACGUCGGUUUUUUCGACUUCUCCUCACCCAUAGUUAUGAUUCGAGAUCUCGAACUGCUCAAGUCGAUCACCGUGAAGAACUUCGAUCAUUUUCCAGAUCACAGAUCCUUCGAUAGCGUAGAUAGAGAUCCCUUGUUUGGUAAGAAUUUAUUUGCCCUUCGUGGCGAAAGAUGGAAGGAAGUACGAAACGCGUUGAGUCCAGCCUUCACGUCGAGCAAGAUGAAGUCGAUGUUCAUACUAAUGCGCGAAUGCGCUAAGGAAUACGGCGAUUAUUUCGCUUCUUUGCCUGCCGACCAGACUACUUUGGAGUUAAAAGAUUCGUUCACCAAAUAUACCAACGACGUAAUCGCCACUUGUGCCUUUGGUAUUAACGUGAACUCAAUAAAGGAUCCGAAGAACAAUUUUUACGUGUACGGUAGAGAGGCUACUCAUUUUGGAAGAUCGCAAUCCUUCAAGUUUUUCAUUGUAAGAAGCUUGCCCUGGUUAGCUCGAGCGUUAAAUAUCAGGAUAAUUAGGAAGCAGAUCGCGGAUUUUUUCCAAGACUUGGUGGCUAUUACGAUAAAGACCAGAGACGAGAAAGGUAUCGUUCGUCCGGAUAUGAUUCAGCUGAUGAUGGAAACGAGAGGGAAAUUAGGCCCAGGGAAGGAGUUGACCAUCGAAGACAUGACUGCCCAGGCGUUCGUCUUCUUCUUCGGUGGAUUCGAAAGCACCUCUACUCUGAUGUGCUUUGCUGCUUACGAGGUUGGAACGAACGAGGAAGUUCAGAAGAGAUUGCAAGACGAGAUCGAUCAGGUUUUGGAGGAUUGUAAGGGCGAAGCUACGUACGAGGCUAUCAACGACAUGAAGUAUCUGGACGCUGUCAUUCUCGAGAGUCUUAGGAUGUAUCCGACCAUCGUGGCUGUCGAUAGACUUUGCGUAAAGCCGUUCGAAUUACCGCCACAUUUGCCAGGAAAAAAACCCUACAUCGUCCAAAAAAAUGAAUGCAUAUGGAUACCGAUUUAUGGAAUUCAGCGCGAUCCACAGAUUUAUCCAGAGCCAAACAAAUUCAAUCCUGAUAGGUUCUACAGCGAUGCGAAACAAAUGUUCAACUCCAAUUCGUUCUUUACCUUUGGGUUGGGACCUAGAAUGUGUAUCGGUAACAGAUUCGCGAUAUUGGAGGCGAAAGUUUUGUUGUUCUAUAUUUUUGCCAGGUGUAACCUCAUACCGUGCGCCAAGACUUCUAUACCGCUGAAAUUCAACAAGAAAGGAUUUGCUAUGACGUCAGAGGAUGGAUUCUGGUUUAACAUGCAACGGAGAAACAUAAAGAAAGGCGAGGUCGAGAAAAUUACGGUUCCAGGGACAACGACGUUUAUCGAGAAGAUUCCUGAUAGACAUCCAGACAAUUAAGUCAUAUGCGAUGUUUGUAAUAUCAAUCUUCCGAACUUCCGUUUGAAAAUAUCUACGUAUAUUUUUUCGAUAUAUUCAUUGCGAUAAGAUGGACGGUAAACCAGGAAUCAGAACCGAAGGUUUCGAAUUGAACACAUCACUUCAAAAGUUUAUAUUUAGUUAUUCGCAUCGUCAUUUGAUUUCGAAGUAUUAACAAUCGAGAUGCUUGUUUCGCUAAAGAAAGUGAAAAACACAUAUACUUGGGGUAUUCAAAGUGUAUAGAGAAAUAAAAAGCUUUCGUAUAAUAUUUUGAUUGUAACGCAUAAAAUACACGAAUUGUACAAGGUUUCGGGUCAACGAUUUCUCUUUGUUUCGAAUAGGGAAACACUCUUAGAUAUCUAUAUUCAAAAUCAACAAGUCGAAAAUGAUUCUAUUUAACAACGAAGAACGUAAUGACUUUUGCGGAGAUGAUAUACAUCUUGUUUUAUUUAAUUGUGUUAAAACAUCGUUAAAUUUUCAUAACUUUAAGCGAUUUUAGUAUUUUGUGGAACGAUUUUCUAUUGAUACGAUCUUUAUGACUAAUUUGAUUUUGUAGAAUUUAUAGGAAAUAGUCGUUACUAAUAUUCUACAAGCAUUUAUCAGAUCUAAUGAUCUAAUAACUCGAUCGAUGUUUUAGAACUUUUUUUUCCUUUAUACGUGUUUACGAAAUUUUCUCUAUAUACUAACAUUUAUAUACUUUUUAUUACUUAAAUAAAUGUAUUUGUUAUAAUAAAAUAUGAUUAAAUAAAAUUAAUAUUUGGAAUAAGAAUAUUUUGGAUUUAAAUAGAGAAAAAAACUAAAUAAAUACAAGUUUGUAUUGGGAAAUAGAAUUUAUAAUUCUAAUCUAUAAUUGAUUCUUAUUAUAAUAAAAUUACAUUAUUGUUUUUAUGAUAAUACCAUACUGUCUAUACCAUACUUUGUCCUAGUUUCACAAAUUUCAAGUUUCAGGUACCGUAAACUAAAUAAUUAACGAUAGCAUCCUCCGUCUGCGGCUCCAAAGUUCUUUCUGAUAGAGAAAAGAUUCGAUAUACAAAAAAAAAAAAAAAAAAAAAUACGAUUGCCUUUCCUGAACAUUAAACGAUGCGAACAAAACGAUAUCUUCGUUCAAAGAUGUUAAAGAAGUUUUUGAUCAGCUUUGUGUUUAUAUCUAAGGUGCAUUUCAAUCCUUUUUAUCGAUUUUCUUUAUUUGGCGUAUUAUUUUUACGAGUCAAUUUCUGUUAAGCACCGACGUGUCUCAGUUUUGGAGGUUCUUUACUUCUUCCUCCAACCUUCCCGCGCGAUCGUAAAUAAAAGGGAAAAAGACAAAAGAAAUAGAGAAGAAUUUUUUGGAUAUCCCAGAAAAUUCUUCCGCCACUGUCUAACCUGUUCGUAUUUCAGCGAAACGAAUCGGAGAAGAAAUGAAAAGGAGGAUCGAAUCGUGGCGUGUUCCUGGUCAUAUAAUGGAUACGUGUUACGCGUCCAUCUUAAUUAUCUUGGCCGGAUGCGUCAGCAUCGUCUCUGCAUGUCCAGCACGUAACAUGGAGUCGAGAUACGUAUAACAGUCGUAUGUGUAAUAUAUUCUACUACGUGAUCGGCUAGUGGCAAAGACGCCAUACGACCUUGUGAAUGUUGCUUUAAUGAGCGAGUUUCCGCGUAUAUAUAAGCUGCUACAUCACGAGCUGGUUGCUCGUCACAAUAUCACGCGGAUAUCACACCAACCUAAUUGUGACCUACUUCUUCAUGCUCGUGGUUCAAGAAAUUGUGAUAAUAUGCUGCGAACUCUCAUGGAUUUGAUAUUUGAUUUUCUGGGAAUCGCGAACUUUGUCUUUAGACAGGGUUCCGAUCGGUAGCUGGGGCGAUUAAAUACGUAUGAUCAUUUCUUUUUAUAACUUCUUGAAACACACCAAAGGAAAAGCAAUGAAUAUUCACUAUAAAUUUAUUAAAUGAUUGGGUCAUUCUAAACGUUUUGUCUUCCAAAGAUAAUCUUAGGUCUAUUAUGUUAUAGUUUCUAGAUGCGAAAGUUUGUGGUUGUUGCCCGACUUCAAUUUGGAAUGAUUACAAGGUUCAAGACUAAACGUUGGAACGAUUGUAGACUAUAAUUUGUCGCAAUUUCAAACCGGGGAUUUCAAUUGUAAACGACCGUCGAUGUCCAUUUGAAGCGAUUGUGGAUCUUCAAUUGAAAUUACUUUGAAUUUCAUUUGGGAACGAUCAUUCUAUUUAUAAAUAUUCAAAAGAGAACUCAUUGUGAAUAUACGCAAUGGAUUAAUUGACCUGUCAAUAAUAAGUACGCGGUUGUACCCGCAUCAAAUCGUAUCACUAUAAAAAAGAAAAUAACAAACAA